AUUUACAGAUAACGUGCGUACAGUGUAAGCUAUUUAACUAUGAUUAUUCAGGCAGUAGGUGUAGUUUAAAGUGAAUUCUCAGUUUUCGUGGCUCAAAUGAUUUGAUGGAUUUUCUUUGUGCUAAGCGACACAGCAGCACUUCUUCCUCUCCCUGCUUCCGUCAUGUGUCGCGCGCGUCACGAGGGUGAAGAGAGACUGUCAGCAGAAACAGCGCGAAAAGUUUGCGUCGGCGGAGCAAUAAUGAUUUGGAAAACAAGGGUGUUUCUUCUACCUUUCAACAUUUAACGAUAUGCAGGAACCGAGGUACGCCGAUGUGAAUGUAUUCAAGACAUAACGUUACCACGGCGGUGAACUGUGCUUUGUGAAGAUGCUAGAAUUAGAAGAGGUCUUGUAAAGGCCUGUUAGCAAUGGACAGUCCAUGUUCCGUGAACCGACGGCAGGCAUGGGCUCAGAGCAGUCGUCAGUGGCUCACAGUGGAGGAUACGGAGCUGCAUGCAUCUGCAUCCAGCAACACAAAUAUCAUUCCAGCUGCACAGCUCUCUCUGCAGGAUGAAGUCUUUCCUGAUGGAUGCUCUACAGGAAAGAUUGAAACCUGGCUCCAAAGCUGUGGAAAACUCGCCAGUCAAGAGAACUCAAGCCAACUCACUCUGGAAUCUUUCCUGAGGUCUGCAAGCAGUUUUGAGGAUGACUUGAGCCUCGGGGCUGAAGCUAUUGGACUAGAUGGUGGAUUGCAUGAUGAAGAGUUUGGGCACUGUCCGUUGCUCCUGCCCCCUCCUAAAUCACGCCGCAAAGAUUUGCUCACAAGCAGCACUCCUCAGCAAAGGCUUAAUGUGCCAUUCAGAAGUAUGGGCCACAGUAUGGCAUCUAGUAUCUACUCAUCCACCACCAAUAAGACUGCUUCAAGUGUUUCUGAGGUCCUGCAGAUGUGUGCUGAGGAUGCAGAGGAGACUCUGUACCAGUUAGGAUUUGGUUGUGAGGAGCCACAAGUAACCGCCCGUAUACCAGCUCGUUUCUUCACUUUCCCUUCACAGCUCAGAGGCAUCAACUUCCGCCUGUUCCUUGAAUCGCAGCUCCGCCGUAUUCGUGAAGAGGACCCCAGUCUCUCACUCGCCAGCCGUUUCCGUCAGGUGGAGGUAUUAACAGCCAUGGCCAAUGCUUUCUAUUCUCUCUACUCCCACGUAUCUCGGACACCACUUCAGAAGCUGGCACCACCUGAAUUCAGCUUUUCUUCACCCACUGUGGAGCGAAGCAUUGGUCAGCGCUUCUUUGGCAACGUGCGCACUGAACCACGCUCUCCUGUGGAGCGUCUCAAAGACACUGUGUCUAAGAUGUGCUUAUACACACGUGGCUCGGACCCUACCUCUCCAAACUGUUCACCUCGCAAGAGGAACAGCCUGCCGGAUGUAGUUGAAAUGGUAGUGGGGAAUGUGAGGCCUGAAGGGACCCAUGACCAGAGUAGGGGAAUGUUGAUACAAGGUGGCAACAUAACUCAUAAGGUGAAAGAUGAAAAGGCUGUACAGCAUGCUGAAAAAAUGAGUGACCCUGAGAAAACAUCUAGUGCACAUAAGCAAAGGAUCCAGCGGUGGUCACAAUCAGGGCAGAGAGAAGGUCCUAGAGCAAAGAGCUCCCUGUUUAAGUUGGACCAGGCAUCUCUGGAAUCGAGGCAUACACAGAAUUCACAGGAUACAGACUUGGAUGAAGAUUCAUCCAAUUCUACCUUGCUUCCUGAUUCCUCAAAAUAUCCUGAUGAUACUAAUGCACCAACUCCAAUUAUUACUUUUCAUACAGUUUCCACUCAUGUAGUGGAGCAUGUGCAUAAAGCACCUUAUGGGUGUCCAGAGACAUAUAGUGUAUCAGCAAUGGGCUUAUCAACCCCUGGUACUAUACAUAGGCCAGAGUCAUGUUCUAGGACAACAGAACACAAGCCAAGCAUCACAGAUACAGAAUCAUCACCAGUACAGUACAAGGAUGAGCUUAUGGUGGAAGUACCAGUAACUUCAAAGAUUUCACAAGGUGAUCCUGUGUCCCUCCACCCAAGCAUCACACAAGGGUCACCAUGUCAGAUCAUGGUUACUGGAUGGGAGGAUGAUGGCUCUGUUCUCCACAGAAACUCAUUUGAGGGCUAUACCCAUUUUACAUACCCUGGUAGCACUGCACAAAUGCAUUCAUCCCAGUCAGAGCAGCAGAAGUUCCUGAGCCCCAGCAACCCCUCAACUAGCCAGAUCAACUGCCACCUCAAGCCGGCUAACUCCUUUGAGUUGGAGGAGGUCCAGAGUGUGGGAGAGGAGGAGAACAUAUCAGUGGAACAAAGUAGUGCAUGCAUGCUGUCGGUUACAGCAUCUACGCAUCAGAAAGGUUCACCCACGAGAGGGGACAGUUUCCAGUCAGACAGCAGUGGCUUUGCUGAAGAGGACAUGCAGAAUUUGCUAACCUCCGGUAAUAAGGAGAUUAGCUGAAGACCAAAACCCACACUUAACACAUACUUAAUUAUCUAUUUAAAGGUUUUACUUCUUUUAGAAAAUACAGGAGCUUUCUCACACAGUCAUAAAAAAACUUGUUUUGCUUUUGAAAUGACAUUACAACUGCAGAAGACGACAUAACAUUUGCUCAUCUGAAUGUAUUGCAAAUAAGCAAUACUGACAUUACAUGAACUAUUUGUUAAUGUGUUUUUUUUCUCCUCUGUAAGAUUGUGCAGCUGCAAAGUUUUGAAUAUUUAUUUUGUUUUAUGAUAAAGUAUUUAUUUGCACAUCAAUGCUAAUAUCACUUGAGUGUUUUUACAAUGUUUGUGCUGGUUGUACAAUUAAGCAUGAAACAUGAUUGGACGCUGAAUUAAAACAUCUUUAUUGUGUGUUGAAUGAUGGACCUCUCACAACGCUAAAACUGAUCAAAUGAAUUUUCUGUACAUUCUUGCUCAGAAAUGAACAACAGUUUAGUUCCAUAUGGCCUAAAGAUGUUAGCCCACAAUAUAGUAACUUCAUUUAAUUUCAUGCAAUAUCUCAAUUGAGCAUAAAGGGAAUGGGCAAU